AUGUUUGCUCGUGUUCUCUUAUUCGCUGCCCUCCUUAUUACGCCUCUGGCUUACUUCUUAUCCCUCCAAACCUCAACAGAUUAUACGCGAUAUGUCAAAGGACGAAAAAAAACAGUGCUUUUCCUCACAAACAGCGAGCCCGGUCUUUCCAAUGUGCAUCUUGCGACUGCAUCAGCGAUACUAGAGAACUACCCAGAUAUAGAAGUUCAUUUUGCUUCAUUUCCAGCUAUCGAGCCAAAGCUGGAACGGGCUUCCUCCUUCGCCAUGAUUAAAUCCCCUCAUGCGAAAUCUAUCGCUUUUCACGGUCUCGCAGGUCCGACAUUUGUGCAGGCAAUUGCCAGAGAAGGUCGAAGCUUCAUAUCCCCUCCCGGAUGGAGAGGUAUCGCUACUUUGGCCGAGCACAUACAGCUUUGGAUAUCGCCAUGGACGUUUGAAGAUCAUGUACACUUGUACAAAGAGCUUAUUACUAUCAUUGACGAAGUAGAUCCGGCUGUUAUUGUGCUCGACAGUUGGUUCCGGCCAGCUAUAGAUGCCACCCGCAAAAGAAAUAGGCAACACGCCUUCAUCACGCCUAAUACUCUUGUAGACCAUUUCUUGGGUAUUCAGCCGUUCUGGACUAGGCUCUGGAAAUACCCUGCCCCAUCAUCAGGGUUUCCCUUCCCAGUACCUUGGCUCAAGCUUCCGGAAAAUAUAUACAUGAAUAUCCGUUAUAUUUACAGCGCAAUGUUUACACCAGAUAUAUUGGAAAAGAAAGGUCGACUUCAGCAGAUUGGACUCAGAGAACCAAUAAAUUUGUUCGGGAUACAUCGACCGGGUGUUCAGUGGAUCACUCAAAACACACAGGGCGCCAUGAUCCCAGUCGAGGUUCUUCCUCCAAAUGUCACCUGUGCUGGGCCAAUCAUUCUGCCGGGGCCACCAGCUGAUCAACAAGAUCCUGGAACUGCAGCUUGGCUCAAGAAAGCUCCUACAGUGCUCAUUAAUCUCGGCAGUAAUCUUGCUUAUGACGAAAGUCGUGCUGGAGUCAUGGCGACCUCCAUCGCAGCGUUACUAUCCACUACUGGUUACCAGGUCCUAUGGAAAUUCAAUAAGCUGGGAGACUUCUCUGAUGAAUUUUUGGUAAACUUGAAGCCCUACCUCGACAACGAGCGACUAAAGAUGCCAAGCUGGCUUAUGGCAGACCCGGCGUCACUUCUCGAGACCGGGAACAUUGUUACUUCAGUACAUCAUGGUGGUUCGAACUGCUAUCACGAAGCCCUUGCAGCCGGUGUCACGCAAGUAGUACUUCCCUUGUGGGCAGACCUCUACAACUAUGCUGCUCUAGCUGAGACAAGAGGCAUUGGGGUUUGGGGUUGCAAGGAUUCAACGCCCAACUGGACGAGUGAGUGCUUGCUGGAUGCCUUCAUGAAAGGAAUAGAUGGUUGUGGUGAGAGUUUCUUACAAAGACGAGCAAAAUGGCUGGGUGACAGGAUCAAGGCAGGGAAGAAGGGGCGUGACGUUGCAGCUGACGAGAUUGCCAAACUGGCAUACGUGAGAUGA